CACGGACACGGCCCGACCGAUCACAUCACGGCCGAUGUCGCAUCAGAAAAACAGCUAAAACUGGAAGAUUGAACACAAUUUAGGAAAAGUCGGCAGCAUUUUUCAUCCAGCUACAGUGGAAGCAUCCAGCAAAAUGAGUGACACAGACAGACGGCUCACUCCCCUCAGAGAAAUAAGCAACACCCCCGAUAAGGGGAGCCACAUGAAGCCAAGCAUGGAGGACCAGCAGCAAUACACGCGACUGAUGAAGCAAGCCCGCAAAGCUGCAGAGGAGGGGCACCCCCGGGAUUCACUGAAGCUACUCAACAAAGCAGCUAAGAUUGUCAGGACGGAGAAAGUCCUCAAGAGGAUUGCAAGGAUUGAGGAAUUUUUGAAAGAGAACGGAUCCGAGUCGGAAUCAGAAGAAGACAGCGGAGUGCAUCACGUUGGUAAAGGGUUCUACCUUCACACAGAACUGUAUAACAAGCUGUACUCCUACCAGAGAGAAGCACUGAUGUGGUUCUGGAGGUUACAUCGGAAGGUCAAGGGUGGAAUACUGGGAGAUGAUAUGGGUCUUGGUAAGACCAUCCAAGUCAUCUCCUUCCUGAGUGGCCUGUUCUACCUGGAUCAAGUCAAGACAGUCAUGGUGGUCCUUCCAGUAGCGCUCAUCAUCAACUGGGAGAAAGAAUUUGAGAAGUGGUCUCCAGGAGUCUUUGUGGAGUCCUAUCACAGCAGCAGCAAACGUGAACGUGAGCGGGCGUUAGCUAAGGUCCAGCGUAGAGGCGGCGUCAUGCUAACCAGCUAUGGACUGGUACUCACCAAUGCCGACUUGCUAUCACAUCAUCAUGGUAACCCCUUCACUUGGGACUACGUGAUUCUGGAUGAAGGCCAUAAGAUCAAGAACCCAAGUAAAACCACCAAGGCAAUUCACCGAGUUCCUGCUACACACAGACUCAUUCUGACGGGCACACCGAUUCAGAAUAACCUCAAGGAGCUGUGGGCUCUGUUUGAUUUUGUCACCCAAGGCACGUUGCUGGGAACUGUCCAGACAUUCAACUCAGAAUAUGCCAACCCCAUCACAAGGGCGAGAGAGAAGGACGCGACAGGGGGUGAGCGUUGCCUAGGCAACCAGAUGGCAGAGAGUCUGCGUGAGUUGAUAGCGCCGUACUUCCUGAGACGUACGAAGGCCGACGUCGUCAAACGGAGAGAAGAAAGUUCCAAGAAUCCUCAGGAGGAGGAUGAAGCGGACAAGGAGAAUGAGAGGGUGCCAGAGUUCCCGACACUUACCAGGAAGAAUGAUUUUGUGAUAUGGCUUUCCCUGACAGAAGCCCAGAUCAAAAUCUAUCAGGAUUUCAUCUCACUGGACCAAGUCAAGGAGCUUCUUAUGACAAGCCGCUCACCGUUAGUGGAAUUGACGAUAUUGAAGAAGCUUUGUGAUCAUCCACGGCUCUUGCCUGCCAGAGCCUGCAUCCAGCUAGGCUUAGAAAGACCUGAUACUACAUGGGCAGACGAAGAUGACGAUCAAGAGACGCCAAGAUCCAAGAACCAGACGAGCAACGCAGCCAUCCAGGCCAUCUCAGACGACGUCUUGAUGAUGGAGUCUUGUAAGCUACAAUUCCUCAUCCGUCUUCUCACCAACCUCCGGCAGGAAGGACACAGGACGCUGGUCUUCAGCCAGUCACGCAAGAUGCUGGACAUCAUUGAGAAAGUCUUGAACAAUCAGAACUUCCAAGUGAUGCGGCUGGAUGGCACCAUCACCAAGCUGGAAGACAGGGAGAAACGAAUCACCUCAUUCCAACGGAACAACGACUUGUCUGUCUUUCUACUCACUACCCAAGUGGGUGGAGUUGGCCUGACACUGACGGGGGCAGAUCGGGUCGUCAUAUUUGAUCCAAGUUGGAACCCUGCCACUGACAGCCAAGCUGUAGAUCGAGUCUAUCGAAUCGGUCAGACACGGUCUGUAGUCAUCUAUCGACUCAUCACUUGCAGCACGGUGGAAGAGAAGAUAUAUAGACGACAGAUCUUCAAGGAUUCACUGACUAAACAGGCAACUGGAACAUCCAAAAAUCCUUAUCGCUACUUCUCUCGUCAAGAGCUGAGAGACCUGUUCAUCCUGGACAACCCUCAGACAUCGACCACCCAGCAGGCGCUGGAAGAGAUGCACGCAGCGCAACGAAAGACAGACACAGCGCUAGAUGAACACAUAGCAUUCAUGUACUCACUAGACAUGUUUGGUCUCAGCGAUCACGACUUGAUGUUUUCCCAAGAGGCUGACACGGAAAAUAAAGAAGAUCAAGAACAGGCAGCCGAAUACGUACAACACAGGGUGACCCGAGCCAAGGAACUCGUCUCAGCAGAAUCUGACUUGUCCCAGAAACUCCGCGAGCAAACUCUGCAAGACACGCAGGAACCAGGCAGCAUGCUACGCCACCAUCGACAGUACGACAACAGGCAAACGCUGCUAGAUCACGCAGCUAAGCUGGGCCAGGAAGUCAAUGUACCAGCAUUCAAUAAGAGACGGGAUGACUACGAACGCAAGAAUAGAUCACCAAGUGAAUCAGAGGAGGAACUAUCAGAGGAUGAAGAACAAGAAGAGCAAGAAGACUUGAACAUGUCUAUGGCCAAUAUGACCUUACAGGAGCAAGACAUUGAUGCGCAGUCUAAGGUUACCAAGGGUCAACGCAAUGUCAACCAGUCGGACAGACCCCCAUCAUCCCAAAGUGCACAGGGUGCCAGUGUCAUCUGUAUUGAAGACUCGGAUGACGAGGAUGGGAACCGGUCUGCAGCAGCUGCUGUCCGGAGAAACGAGUCUGAUCUGGGCACCAUUGAGGAUUCUGAUUCCGAGGUCACAACGUCACCCCAGUUGAGGUCAGAGGUCGAUUCUACUGAGACAUCCGAGUACUUCACCGAGAACCCAGAGGCACGUGAGUUAUCUUUUGGUCCUCGGUUCGAGAACAAGAGAGUCAAUGUCAAAGAUGAGCUGAAGAUGUUGGAAGAUAGUGACAGAUCUGCUCAAGACUUAGGCCAGCCUACAGAAGAGGAAGGAGUUAGUCUGGAUCAGUCAACAGAGUCUGAAAAAGCUCGACUUAAACGGCUCGCUACAACUCCAAAAGAAUCCCUCUACAAAAGGAGUCGCAUCUCUCAAACUCCUCAGAGUGAGGGACGAUCUCCGGGUUGCCGUGACAACUCGGCUGAUGACAGCAUCCAAGAGAUCCCUCCCACGCCAAUCUCUGUCAUCGAUCUGACGGAUUCUGAUGCCGACAUGUCUCAAAGCUUUGAGGAGAUUGAACAAAGGACCAUCGCUACGUCCCCACUGGCUGCCAGCCGGCAAUCACUGCUGCCUGAUAGUCCACCCAGACCCAUCUCAACGGCAACAGAGGUUGGUGAACUGGAGAAAAACGUGGAUUCGGAUUAUUACAUGGAAUCCGCAGAAGAGGAAGAUUUCCAACAAGAUUACACCGGCUCGAUUCCUAGCGACAAGAAGGCAUCUGCAUGUCCUGAAUCACCUGACAGUAGACCAGGCUCAACAUUGCAAGGCACCUGUGAUAUGUCUCCAGAAAUUGAGCAGAGGAGUGUGGCCUUAUCACCAAUGAUUCACGAUGAAUCAUCAGCAAGCUCCCCUGAAAAUACAUCAGUUUUGAAAGCAAACCCUCGGCCAACUGCCGAGGAAGAAAAAGAUGAUGCUUGGGAGCCAGGCAAAGGGAAGGUCAGUGGGACACAAAGCAGCAGUGCUAGAUCCUUCCGUUAUAACUCAGAUUCUGCAAACUAUGGCGGUUUCAGAGGGUAUGAAGAAAGUGAGCAGGCUGUCAAUGUAACUUGCCAGCUCUCCUUUGAUGACACCAAAACCUCCAAAAGAACGAGUGAUGCAAAUGCGAUUAAAAAACUUGAAGGUAGCAUGGAGCAAUCAAAUGAGGAAAAUUAUUCAAACGAAGAGAAGGGGAUGUCAGAACUCGAACAAAGCAUGACCAGCAUGAGUGCGGCAUCUGGAGAUGAACAUUCAGGAGGUGGUAACCAUGGCAACGAGGAUGUAGGGGAUGAGGAAUCUGAUGAUGAUGUUGCCGUGGCGUCAACCAGGAGGAGACAAGUGAUUGAGGCGAGUGAGGAAGAGGAGAUGUAUGAGUCAAUCAAUGCUACGGAAGAUGCCUCACUCCUGGAAAAUUCCAACAACUCUGAUGAUGGAAGCGAGAAGCAACAUGUUUUGGAUGAUGAUGAGGAUGUUGCCGUGGCAUCAACCAGGAGGAGACGGGUCAUUGAGGAGAGUGAGGAAGAAGAGAUGGAUGAUUCCAUCCAAGACAAGGAAGAUGCCUCACUCCUGGAAGAUUCUGACAAUUUAGAUGAUGGAGGCAAGAAGCAACCAGUGUUGGAAGAUGAUGAGGAUUUUGCUGUGGCGUCGACCAGGAGGAGACGAGUUAUCAAGGAGAGUGAGGAUGAGAAAAUGGAUGAUUCCAUCCAAGACAAGGAAGAUGCCUCACUCCUGGAAGAUUCUAGCAAUUUAGAUGAUGGAAGUAAGAAGCAGCGAGAUUUGGAAGAUGAUGGGAAUAUUGCCGAGAGUGAUGUCGAUGAUGAUGAUGUUCAUAGUGAUGUUACGGAGGAAGAGCAAGAAGAGGAGGCAGGGGUUGAUGUCAAUCAAGAUGAGCUUCACAAAAAUGAUGACGACAGUGAAGAUGACAAAUAUGAAGACAGCUUCAUCAACGAUGAUGAUGACGAGGACUACAGUGACGAGGUGAGCAGCGGUAGUGAUGAGGAAUAUGAAGAGAGUGAGGAGGAUGAAGAAGGGGCGGAGCCUGAGGGAGAAGAGGAGGGGGAGGAGGGAAGUACACUGAGUCAGGAGGAAUGUCAGAGAUACACGGAUCUAGUUAGCAGAGGAAGACUUCACCAAGAAAGUGGAAACAUCAAGAAAGCGUUGUCUUGUUUCCUGACUGCGCUCGAUAUUGACGAUGGCGACAGGAGCCUACAGCGACGUGCUUACAGGUUGGCUCAGCAGUACAAACAACAGAGCGGCAAAUCCUGAAGGAAGGAAUUCAAGGGACGAUUGUUAGCGAAUCAGAACGUAAAAUCAAACAGUGCACUUUGACCAAUCAGAUUAUGACAUCUGGUCAGGUGACAACGAUAGCUCAAAUUCAGUCACAACCACACUGACAAAGUUGGGGGGUAUUUAACAACAAACCCCCAAUAUUUGUAACGAGUGCCCUUUAUUUCACAAGUGCCCUUUUUUAUAGAGUGCCCUUUUUUGGAACAUCGCACGAACCUCGGCAAUAUUGCCGCUUUGGAAAGUGCCACCUUUUGUCUAAUUGUGCCCAUGAUCGUCCGCAGUGAACAAUGACCCGAAGAUGUUGCCAGACCCCCCCCCCCCCCCUAAUCAUCCGUUCCCCUCCCUGCUUUUAUAUUUUACAGAGGCUGGGUGACUGAUGAAAAAACCCGUCUACCUUUCAGCAUGGAUGGGCGAGUGCCUUUUAACAUUUACCCCCACAAUAAAAAUUACCUUGCUACGCCACUUAAGUGGAUCUAUAGUACCUCACUGUGUACAGGUAUAAAAAAUAUAUAUAUCUUGUCAAUCUUUUCUAAAAGUCUUAAUUAUGUGACAGUUACAUAGACUGAUGAGUGGCCAGGGUCAAACAUGUAUUAAGGUUGUACUUUAACACACAAAAAUUAACAUUUUGUUAGAGAUUGUGGCUCCCGGCUGCUAUGAUAUCAGAUUUGAGGUUGAGCCAACCAGCCCGCAACACUGGAAAGUGCACAGUGUUCAAGUGGCAAGAUAGUCGCACCAGUAAGCACAAGGUUGUGGGUUCGAUUCCCAUCCAAGUUAACUUGGAAUCUUUUUCUGACGGUCUCUGGAAACAUUGAAUGAAUAGUGCGCAUAACAUAAAGUUGAAAGGUACUAGUACUAUUUAUGUAUUGAGACAGAUGUUUAUAUUCAUGCAGUAUUCAUUUUUUGUAUUUGAGAUAAUUUACAAGAUGAUUUUCUGGAAUUCUGAUGGUAACCAGUAACCUUUCCCUCGGUUGUUUCCAGAUAUGAUUAAAAAAGUAAGCUUAUCUCUGAUUAACAAUUAAUCUAUGCAUCUACAGUUACAAUCAGUGUCAUUUUCCACCAAAGAAGUUUAUUCAAGAAUUUUUGUAACAGAAAAUGAGUUAAAAAUAUUAAAUUGAUGAAGAAGUACACAUUUAAUUACACAGUGAGAGUGAAAGACUGAGAAAUCAUUGCAAGUAAUAUUACAAUUGAGUAUUUAUAGUACUUAAUUAAAAAUAAAUGCCAUGAGCAAUAUUAAAGUUGGAA